CAUAAACCGCGCUGCGUGAACGUGAGUGCCAGCGUAGGCCGUCAGUCUUUCAGCGGCGGUGAGAGCGGGUGGACGUGUCGCUCCGUUUUCUGUUGGUCUUCUUCAUAGAAAAUGUGAAGCUGCAUUAUUUUCCGGUGAAAACGUCUUAGUGUUAAUAGCAAGGAAAUACAAAAGAGGAAAAUAUCCACUGAAUUAUCCUUGAAAGAAAUAGAUAGAAGUCAAAGGAUUGAGAAAAUGGUAAUGCACAAAGCAAUUUAUUCAUAAACUCAUACCGUCCAUUAGUAUAAGAGAAGAAAAAAAAAGAUAAACGACAAGAAUCUCCAUAAAUAUAGUUAUAAAAGAGAAACAAAACAAAAGAGAAAAACAAAAUAAAUAAUUAAAGAAAGAAACACAAGAAAAAAAAAAAAAAAAACAGAGAGAGAGAGGGAGAAAAAAAAAAAAAAAAAAAAAAAAAAAAAAAACAGAAAACAAAAGCAAUUCGAAAAGCGCGCGAACUUCCCCUCGCCAUCCGCCGCUUCCCCGAUGGGUUGCCAGAUCACCAAAUCCUCCAAGAACAAGGACGACCCUGAAGGAAUCCCCGACAUCCCUGAGCCCCCUCCCCCCGACCCCCGCCUCCCCCUGACCGCCAAGCAAAAGUUCAACAUCAUCAAAUCGUGGAAGGGCAUCGCGCGCGCCAUCGAACCCACGGGAGUCUACAUGUUUGUCAAG